CGGUUCAUGUUUGUUUUUUUACUAUUAUCAAAAUACGCAAGUAUCAAUAUUAUCUUAUAUUUUCAAGUAUCUAGUCGAAACGAAACGAAAACAUUUUAUCUCAGUGAUAAUUGAUGAGUUUAAUCAAUUUACAUUUAACAAAAAGGUACGGGUUAGAAUGUCAGUUAAAAACCAUAUUUUGAAUGUUUUUAAACAAGCCUUGAUAACUUUUUCAACUAAAAAGCACAUCCCGGAGGCUUUUCCAGCCAAUUUACAAGCUCUGUUGUCUCUCCUGGACAAAACCACUGCUGAACAUGUCAACCUUCCAUCACAAUUUAUGAAUCCGCAGCUAUGGGAACGACCGGGAAAAGCACCAGUAAGUUGCAUAGAGAUUUAUGAGGAUGCCUUUUUAACUAUGGGUAUAUUUAUAUUAAAACCACAUGGAAAAUUACCACUACACAAUCAUCCACAAAUGCACGGCCUUAUAAAAGUCAUUGCUGGCCAGGUUAAGAUAAUUAGUUAUUCUUUAAAUACUGAAAAAACCAGAGAGUAUGAUGAAAAGAGCCUACAAAACAACCACUCACCUAUUCAAAUAAGACCAAAGAGUCGUAACUAUGGCAUAGUCACUGCUCAACUCAAUGAAAUCACGAUAGCCAACACAAGCAGUCCACCUUGUACACUAGAGCCUGAUCACAAGAAUAUCCAUGAAAUUGAGAGCUUAGAGGGACCAGCAGCCUUUCUAGAUAUUCUGGCACCUCCUUAUGAUUACCCAGUACCUGGAUAUGAGUCAAGAAAGUGUUCCUAUUACACCAAAUUAAGUCAGGUUGCACCCGAUAUUUUUAAACUCCAAGAAAUCAGAUCACCAAGUUGGUAUUGGACUGAUUCUCACCCCUACACUGGACCUGAUUUGUAUGAUGAAGAUGAUGCCUCUUUAAACUAAUUUUGUACUAGUUGGAUUAUUUUGUACCUAGAACAGAUGUGUAUUAAGUCUCAAAAGGGAGAAAAAAGGAUAGUAAGUUUUUUAGUUAAAUUAAACAUGCCCAAAUUUACUUUAUUAUACCAUUGAAUCUAAUUUCAACGGAGAAUUAUUUGGCUCUAAAUUUGUGAAAAGCAUCCAACAAAAAAGAUCCUGAACAGCAUUUUCUAUUAAUUAUAUUUGUAGAGUCAAGUUAUUUUUAUUUAUAUUGCUUUCGAAAUAUGCCAGGGUUAGUUCCUAAUAAGUCAGUAUUAGUAUUUGACUUAAAAUUAUGCAGAUACCCUUUUAUUUAUUUAUUUAUUUACGGAAUCCAUUUACAAAAGUGUUAUGUAGCAUACCCAUACAAACAUAUAUAUUCAGAUACAAAACUAUCUAUAAAUCAAUGAUAGGUGUAGAUGAGUUAAUUAAUUAAAGCCCUAUGAAAUAAUAUUCUUUAACUGUCCCUUAAAAGAUGUAAUCCUAGAGUCAAAAAAGUUUAUCUAUCCUGACAGACCAUUAGCACUUCGAGCCAUUUGUGUAAAUGGCUGAAAAUCUCUAAUGUGGGUAAGUUCAGGUUAUCCCUGACCCACUGAUAGUAAUACUCCUGAUGUUGAAUAGUAAUACUCCUGAUGAUGAAUGAUAAUUCCAAAAUUUUAAAUAUCUGCUUACUGAUAUAAACAUUUUUCUUCCUAAUUUUCUUGAUAUCUGCCUUUUUAGCAAAUUUUGUACCUUGAAUAUUUUUUUGAAUUAAUGUUUUUAUAAAUGGAAAAGCUUACUGGAUACUGCGUCCCUUAUAAAAUUUGAAAUAUUUUUAGAUUUAGAAGUUUAAUAUGGGUUAAAAAAUAAUGAUUCACAUUAUCAGGGUCAACAUGUCAGUUUACUGUACUGCAAUUUAUUGCAUUAUAGAGACAAAUUCAACAGUUUUCUAAUUCCUUAAAACAGUAUGGCUAAUUAAAAAAAAAUCAAAGAAAAGGUUGUGUUCUUAAAGUUUUAUUUUCUCCUUCUGAAUAUUUUUGAAUAUCAUCAGCACUAAAAUUCUGGCAUACACCACCUUUUUUUUAAAAAUUUUUUGGAAUAUGUUAAUAAUUAAUCAAUUAGGCCUUUUCAGGAUAUUUUUUUGUUUUUGAAAUAUUGUUCCUCCUUUCAAAUAAAUUAUUCCAAUUUAUUAUUUUAUUUCUAAUAAUGAUUCCUUUGGUAAUCAAAUUUUUAUGAAAUUUUCCAUAAUUUAAUGUAAAUCUUUUGUUGCCAUAGCCUCAAACUGGCAAAAGAGCUCAUUUUUAAAAAACUUUACUAAUCCUUUUCAGGGAUUGAAUCUCCCCAUAAUCAAAUUUGUACUUAAUACUGUACUAAUACAAAAUGUUCCCUUUAGUCUUUAAGAAGUUUUACGAGUUGUGAUUGUUGCUCACAGAGUAAACUUAAAAUAAUUGUAUGUGUUGCUUUUUGAGUUCUAGGUGAUAUUUUAUAUUGGAGGGGGUUCUAAAGUAAUCAUGUAUAAUUCAAUUUAUUUUUGUUUUUAAUUACAGUUCACAAAACUCCCAAACCCAUGUUCUGGGACACUGGAUCUUAGAACAUUUCUGGUUACUUUAGAUUUACCUUCGAGAUUUUUCUUUGGCUUUAAAUGAGACACUGCUGUACUAAAUGUACCCUAGAAGUGAUGUUGUAUAGUCCUAUGUACAUUUCUUGUAUUUUUGUACAUAAUGCAGCAAUGCAAAAAAUAAGACUUUGAAACAUUAAUUUAUUCCUAAGUUAUUUGUUAUAGCAUAUUGUGUAUAUUUGAUCAAUAAAAAUAAAUGUUAUCAAAAGCUUCA